AUGUGGGCAGCAAUGAAUGGAGUGGAGCUGUCAAUUCGGACGAUAAUUGAUCUGAAUCCGAUAAUACGUCGAGAUGAUUCGGACAAACAUGGCUUCACGGCACUGCAUCUCGCUGCUGCGCGCGACCACGUGAACGUUGUUAACACAUUGAUUUUCCUUGGCUGGGAUAUUGAGAAAAAAAAUCAUUUUGGCGAAACUCCUUUUAUUGUCGCAGCAAAAUACGGAAGCGUCAGGGCUUUGCGUGCUCUUUUGGAUGGUGGUGCCGAUUAUCUUGCACGAGAUAAGGUAAGGGGUUCAUUUUGA